AUGUAAAAAUUAUAUAUUGGGAAAGUAAAGGAAGUGAACAAGUAGGAGAUAUACAAAUUGCUAAUGCAGUAUGGAUUAAUAAAGAGUUUUGAGGAUAAGGAUAGCUUUUGCUUUGUUGAAUAUUAUUAUGAGAGCGAUGCCCGAAUGGCUUAGUAUGAAUUGGAUGGAAGAUCUGUUUGCAAUAAUCGAAUAGUUGUCUAAUUUUCAAAAGCAUUGAUGAAACAAGAAGACCUAUUAAAGGAAGCGUUGCCAUCAUCUACUCGUAAAAUAUACGUGGGCAAUUUAAACCACAAGUUCACAAGUCAAGAGUUGGUGGAGAUCUUCAAUAGGUUUGGAAAGAUUUUGGACAUAAUUUUCAAAGAAACCUAUGCUUUGAUUGAAUAUCCAACCUAGUAAUGUGCAACAGAAGCGAUUUUGUAUAUGAAUGAGAAGAAUUGCAAAGGAGAAACUUUGAAAGUGGAUCUCUAGAAAACUUAUGAUGAAGUGUUAAGUUCAAGCAAUCGAAUUUAUAUUGGUAUGUGUUGUUAAUUUAAUAUGAUAGGAAAGAUUGGAAACUUGAAGAAGAUGGAUUUGAUUUUAAAUUUUGGAUAAUUCGGUUUUAUUGAGGACAUUAGUGUGAAAGAUGAACUAUACGCAUUUAUAUAAUAUAGAAACAAUUUGCAUGCCAGUAGAGCUAUCAAAGAAAUGAACAAUGCAGAAAUCAAGGGAAAUAGAAUAUAAGUGCAAGAAGCCAGAUGUAAAAUAGGGUUUUAAUAUCAGCUAAAAAUCAUUUGCCAUUGAAUUUUAAUAUCGGUCAAUUUCUACCAUAGCAUCCCAAUUUACUAGAUUAAUUGGCUCCAACUUAAUUAUUAACUAAAAGUUAUGAAGAAAGCAAGAACGUUGUUGUGCAAAGGACUAGUCGAAGUAGAAGUAGAAGCAAGGAGAAGAAAAAUUGUUCCAAUGGCUUGGCUAUUCUUAAGGAUCUAGAAUUAACUUGA